CUCAAGAUGGAGGGCACAUCGAGCUUGGAGGUCAUGCCGAAGCAGCUCAUCCCUUGUAACGGAACUCGUAUCGAGCGAGCGAUGUUCCCCUCCACUUUUGUUUUUGGGAUGGCGACUGCGGCAUACCAGGUUGAGGGAGCCUUUGACGAGGACGGAAGGGGCCUAAGUAUUUGGGACGUUUUCGCACGCAUUCCUGGUAAAGUUAAAAAUGGAGCCAAUGGCAGCGUGGCCUGCGACCAAUAUCAUCGUUAUGAGGAAGACGUGGCCCUUUUGGCGGACAUGGGAAUCGAUGCCUAUCGUUUCUCAAUAUCUUGGUCUCGUAUCUUUCCUUUAGGAUCAGGUACAGUGCCCAAUCCAGGAGGUAUCGCGUACUACAACCGCCUCAUUGACGCGCUGCUCGAGGUCGGCAUCGAGCCCUGGGUCACUCUCUAUCACUGGGACUUGCCACAGGAGUUGCACGAAUCUUACGGUGGCUGGCUUAGUGAGAAAUCUGUUCACGACUACCAGAUGUAUGCGGAAACCUGUUUCGCCGCCUUUGGUGACCGAGUUAAACAUUGGCUGACAUUUAACGAACCUUUGUCGUUCGUGGUCUUGGGCUAUGGAUGCGGCAUCCAUGCCCCAGGUCUUCCCAACACUGCUCGUCCUCCUUCUGCUCCUCCCUCCUCCUCUCCUGAAGUGGAUGCUGGGAUCCCCGAUCCUUACAUCGUUGGCCACAAUGUCCUUCGAGCACAUGCCGCUGCUGUUGAUGUAUAUCGCCGACUGUAUCAGUCUCAUCAGGGAGGAAAAAUUGGCAUAGUCUUGGACUCUGUAUGGGCUAUGCCGUUGUCGGACACCGCCGCUGACAAAGAAGCAACCGAAAGGCAUCGCCUCUUCACAUUAGGCUGGUUCCUUGAACCCGUUAUUAGGGGUUGUUAUCCUGAUGUCAUGCAGAAGCGCAUGGGCCACAAGUUGCCUUCGUUCACUGCUGAGGAAAGUGCAUUGCUACGAGGAUCUAUUGACUUUCUAGGGCUCAAUUUCUACACCUCGCUGUAUAUCGCAGAUUGUCCUGCGUGCAUGUUGACUCCUCCUGUCUUUUACGUGGAAGCUGCAGCAGGUGUGUCAACGUCGCGUGUCAGGGAUGGGCAAUGCGUAGGGGAACGGGCGGCCUCUUCAUGGCUGUACAUCACCCCCGACGGAAUUGCGGAGCUCGCGCUGUGGAUCACGAAGACGUACGACGCUCCUGUCAUUUAUGUCACCGAGAAUGGCAUGGACGAGGAAGACAAUCCUGAUCUUCCAUUGCAGGAGAGCCUGCAUGACCCCAAGAGGGUGCAGUUUUAUAAUGACUACCUUUUAAGUCUGUCCAGUGCAAUUAGUAAGGGAGCUCGUGUGAAAGGGUACUUUGCCUGGUCCUUCAUGGAUAAUUUUGAGUGGGCGGAGGGGUACACGAAGAGAUUUGGGGUGCACUACGUUGACUUCAGGAACGGUCAGACACGCUACUGCAAGAUGUCCGCUCACUGGUGGUCUGACUUCCUCAAGGGGAAUCAGCUGGAAGAACUCUAUGCCAAGGAAAAGGGCAGGGUCCUAAAGGAAGACACUGAAAGAGCAUAAUGUGUGGCAUGGCUUAGACCUUAGACUCUAGGGUAGGGUAGGGAUAUAAGUCGCUCCAGCUAGUCUGAGUUCCGCCUACAGUCUUCCCCCAAACAAAACGCACGUAUGCAC